AUGGGCUCUAUUAAAGGUUUUGUAUCUCUUGUACAACAGCAAAAUCCUAAUGUCAUACAUACUCAUUGCUUCCUACAUAGGGAGGUACUAGUUUCAAAAACAAUACCUAUUGAGUUAAAGCAAGUAUUAUACCAAGUUGUUGAAAUGGUUAAUUAUAUUAAAAGCAGGCCAUUGAAGUGUUGCUUAUUUGAACAAAUAUGUGUUGAUAUGGAUUCUCAACACAUGCACACAAAUGUCAGAUGGCUUUCAAAAGGUAAGGUGCUACAUCACAGAUAUGAACUCCAGAAGGAAUUGCAUGCAUUUUUCAAAGAAGAAAAAUAUGACUGCUUCUUGGAAUAUCUACAAUGUUCAUUUUGGGUUUCCAAACUGGAGUAUUUAACAGAGAUAUUUGCACAACUUAAUAGCGUCAAUACAAGUAUGCAAGGUAGAGAUGAAAACAUUUUCACUUUGACAGAUAAGCUGGUUUCAUUUUUAAAAAAUGUAAUUUGGAAAAAUUGA